UUUGCUUUUUUGGUUGAUGAUUCCUUUCUAACGCCAUCUUGCGACUAAGACGGGUAAAGUCAGAGUGAAGGAUUUACUGCGUACUGAACGAUAGUAUCGCCGGUGAUAGCAGGCCACCCAAAUUACGACCUUUUGUACAAUGCAGACGACGAGAAAUCAAGAGCCCUCUUUGUUGCAACACAUAUGUAAGACGCAAAAAAAAUAAAAAAAAACAGAACGGAAAUAGCUUUGUAUAUAGGAAUGACAACACAAGCUAACGUUUCCUGCUUGGAGAUAUCGUAAAACCUAACCCACUUUCAACGUAUAUUUUAAAAAGGAAAUGACUCACGCAUUUUCUAGGAAAGUAGUAAACCGCAUGUUAGACACGGUAUAGAAGAAAAAUGAAAUUGACAUUUCACCAUCGAAGUAGUCUAUACGGUCGUGAGAGAGAAAACUAACCAAAACAUUUAAAGAUAACUAGAGUCAUAACUUGGUGACAUGGAUUUUUGUUUGUUUUUUACGUAAGGCAUUAGACAAAAUGCCAACGCGUGAUACCUUUUUAUCGAAUAUUUGAACGUAGCGUUUGGCAACCGAGUGUUCCCGGUCGUCCUCUUUUCGGUGUCCCCGAUUUCACGGCGAACGGGCCGAGCCUUUAUGGCUUUUUCGCAUGUGUCUUUAUUUCUUUUUCUUUCUUGUUUCUCCUUCCAAAGUUUUCCCUUCUCUGAUAUUCGUACACAAAAAACUAAUGAAAACACGAAUAAAGGAGAAGGAGAAAAAGAAGACGGUCGAAGUCCAUUUGAAAUAAUAUACACUGUUGCCUCUGGCGCUAGAAUGCAAAAUGUUAAAAAAUGGGAGGAGCUAGAGGAAAAAUAACUGAGAGACGAAUAUACUCCGCUCCCCGAAAAUAAAUUCCAGUUGUGGCUCAGCUCACAGACAUUCGAGUUGUUAUCAUCGCGUUCACCAUUUUACACAGCGAUUGGAAGAAAAAAAAAAACAUUUCAAAAAGUGAAUUGUGGCCUCAAUUGGCAUUAUUUUUUCGUUUUUCAUCUAGGAACAUUGAACGGAAAGUAUAGCCAAAUUGUGCGUGUCCUCGAAUUCGACCUACUAAAAAAAGAAUUUGGCAAAACUUCAAGAAAAUACGUCACUGCCAUUGCACACGGAUCACCAGAAGACGGUGCAACUUAACUGAAAAUGUCUUCGCCUGUUUCCUCAAGUUUUACUGGAAAUAUCAACGGCAUUCAGUUCGAUCGCCAAGAUUUUUUCGGGAAAGGUGGCUCUGAUUCAGUGCAAAGUGGCACAUUUAAUGGUCAGAGAGUAGCAAUAAAAAGAAUCGAGUUGACCAAAGGCACGGAUCAAUCAUCUGGCAACGAGUUUGAAAGUCUACAGCAGUUAGAGCAUCCGAAUGUCGUCAGACUUCUUCAAUGUGGAAAUGACAACAACUUUAGGUACUAUGCAUUCGAAUGGUGUGGCGCCUCGUUAGAUCAGCUGUUUUUGAAGGCGGAUGACACUCGAAAAUAUAAUGGACCUAUGCCACACCAUAUUGAUAUUUCGCUUCAGUUAGCUUCAGGUCUCGAAUACAUCCAUUCAAGGAAUUUAGUCCAUGCAAACAUUAAACCAGAAAAUGUUCUGAUUUCGGCGGGAUCUGCUGGCCAAGAUGAGAUAACACUCAAAUGGGCAAACUCUGGACUGACCAGAUACGCCAGUAAACGAGCAAAGAUAACAAGUCAAGUGGGAGGAAACAAUGCAUGGUUAGCCCCAGAGUUGCUGUUGCUGAAAUUGGGUGGCAACUUGCACGGAAACAAGUAUCAGGGGACCGUCAAAAGCGACAUCUUUGCACAAGGACUCAUUUUCGGUAGUUUGUUCUUGAAUGGGGAACAUCUUUACGGUACCAUGGAAAAUGAAGACGAAAUAACCGAAAACAUAACGAACGGAAAUCCCAUCAACAUGCAAAAAAUGAAUCGCAUAUUAAAGGACUGUUACGAGGAUGAGAUUUUUAAAAGAAUUUUGGAAAACGACCCCAAUAAAAGGAUGACAUCGACAGCAGUUGUUAAUCAACUAAAAACCAUCAAGGAUAAGAUUUCUGGAAAAGAAAAAGAAUUGCUUCAGUUAUGUGCUCGUGAUUCUCGAUUUGAUUUAUCAGAAAAAAUUAAAAACUUUAUUCCCUUUGGAAUCAACAUUAACGUAAAGGACAAUGAUGGAAGUAAUGCACUCCAUCUUCUGUGUCGGUACUAUUCACGUUAUGAAUUAAUUGCAGCAAUUAACCUCGUAAUCCAAAGCGGAAUCGACGUGAAUGCAAGAGAUUACAAUGGGUUGAAUGCCCUACAUUACGUGUGUCGAUACAAUUCAAGCGGAAUCAUAAUCGACGCAAUUAAGAAUUUAAUUAAACUGGGAAUCGAUCCGAAAGCGAAGACAAAAGAUGGAUCAAAUGCACUCCAUUAUUUGACUCGAUACAAUUCAAAAUCAGACUUGAAUAGCGUAAUUACAAUCUUGGGGGAUUCUGGAAUUGAUCUGUUGGAGAAAGACGACUACGGAUGGAAUAUAUUUUACUACUUGGAUAUCAAAAAUAAGAAGAAAAUGGAAAUUUGGUUCGACCGUAGCGCUGUCUUAGGGCGAGGUCGCUUUGGUUGUGUGCUUAAAGGAAAUUAUGGAGGCCGUGAAGUCGCAGUAAAAAGAGUUCAACUAUAUCUCGUCAACGAAAAAGAAGAAAAAGCUUUACUAGCGUUACAUCAUCCAAACGUCGUCAAACUUCUUCACUGUGACGGUGAUGAAGACUUUAGGAUGUAUGUAUUGGAAUUAUGCGACGCCUCUUUAGAUCAGCUCUUCCUGGAGCCGCAUGACCCAAAGAAAUAUGACGGACCUAUGCCACGUUAUAUUCAAGUUUUUCUUCAGUUAGCUUUAGGGCUCGAACACAUCCAUUCGAAGCAAUUAAUCCACAGAGAUAUAAAACCGCAAAACGUGCUUAUUUCGAAGACAUCUUCAAGCCAAAGAAAUGAGGUAACAAUCAAAUGGGCUGAUUUUGGACUGUCCAAAUCCGUAGAUGAAGAAGGAUAUCACUCGUGGUCUGAAGUAAGAGGAACCAGAACUUGGUACGCCCCCGAGGUGCUGAAGAUAAGUUUAACCCCAAAAGAGGCAAAAGAGGUUAAAGGAUCAGUUAAGAGCGAUGUAUUUGCCCUAGGCCUUGUCUUUGGGUUUCUUUUCUUGAAAGGAGAACAUGUCUAUGGUUCCAGUGAAAGAGAAAUUUACGACAACGUAAUUGCAAAGCAACCGAUCAACUUGAAGAAAAUUGACGGUGAAUUACUCGAAAUUUAUCAGAAUAACCUACUUCAGAAAAUGUUUGAAAAUGAUCCUAGCAAAAGGAUGACAUCGGCAGAAGUAGUCGAACAACUGAAAUCUAUCGAGGACAAGCUUGCAGAAAGAGAGGAACAAUUGCGUCAGCUAUGUGCAAGUCGUGAACCUCGGUCGGAUUUAACAAGAGAAAUCCAAAACUUGAUUCGCUUUGGAAUCGACGUGAAUGCAAAGAACCAAUUUGGAUUCAAUGCGUUUCAUCUUUUGUGUCAACACAAUUCCAGUCCACACUUAAUCGAGGCAAUUAAAGUUUUGAUCGAUUUUGGUAUCAACAAGGACGCAAAGACGGAAAAGGGUUGGAAUGCACUUCAUCUUUUGUGCUCAAACAGUUCCAGUCAACACUUAAUCGAGGCCAUUCAAGAAUUGAUCAAACUCGGCUUCGACAAGGACGCAAAGGAUGACAAGGCCAUGGCCCAAGGCUUGAAGUUCCCUGAUUCUUUUGCGUACACGGCGCCUAAUUUGGCCUUGGAGUGGGCGCAAUGGCGUCGUCAGUUCGAGUGGUAUAUUAAAGCCACGCGUAAGGACGAGACGGAUGAAGAAAUUUUGGUUGGAGUGUUGUUAUCUCUGCUUGGAAGAGAGGGAGUCAAGAUUUAUGAGACGUUACCAUUGACAGCGGCAAAUGCAAAAAGAUUGCUGAAGUGUUGA